AUGAACUCAGAAGAAGAUGUGUUUAGUUUAGUAACCGUGCUCGGCCUCGCCGUUUUCAUCGGUCUCUGCAUCUUGCUCGUUGUUCUUGUAGCAACCUCAGCGAUCAUCCUUGCGAUAUACGUCAUCAUCGACUGCAUGCUCAGACCAUUCUUAGGAUCAUGUCUCGACCUAGAUCUCGAAAUCGGAGUCCAAAGAGGCCAACAACGUGCUAGAAUCGUGACUUACCACGCACUCAUCCCAUUGCCAAAUUCCGAGAGAGAAGACGCAAAAAGAAAACGAGGGCUGGGACAAAGCGCAAUCGAAACCCUACUACCAAAGUUACUUGUAGGACAAGGCAACAACCACGAGAACGAAGAAAGGUCAAGAGAAUGCGCGAUUUGUCUAAGUGGAUAUGUCGUUAACGACGAAUGCAGAGUGUUUCCGGUUUGCAGACAUAUGUAUCACGCGCUUUGUUUUGACGCUUGGCUUAAGAAUCAUCUCACAUGUCCUACUUGCCGUAAUGAUUUGCCUGAUUCAUGA